AUGUCGGAGCAGCCCUACGACCCUUAUAUCCCCUCGGGUUCCAACGGUGCUGGCGCCAGCACCGCGCAGCAGAAUGGUGACCCCCGGACGCGCGAAAUCGACAAAAAAAUCCAGGAGACCGUCGACACGAUGCGGUCGAAUAUCUUCAAGGUGUCGGAGCGUGGUGAACGUCUAGACUCCCUGCAGGAUAAAACCGACAACCUGGCGGUGUCGGCCCAGGGGUUCCGUCGGGGCGCCAACCGGGUGCGCAAGCAGAUGUGGUGGAAGGAUAUGAAGAUGCGCGUGUGCCUGAUCAUCUGUAUUAUCCUACUCCUUGUUGUGAUUAUCGUUCCUGCUGUUGUCACCACUACGCGUUAA